UUUCUUUUGUAGGUUAUGUCGCCUACUCCAACAUUCAAUACUCAUAACUUUGAUACAAGGGUUACAUCGCCUACUCCAACAUUUAUGUCUCCUAAGUUUGAUCUCCUUUCCCAAGAAAGUCGUAGUGGAAAGGGUACAAAUGAGGUUCUUAUGAGAGAUGUUUGUGAGAUUCCUGAUUUCCAAACUCUAAUGAAAAUUAAAAAGAGAUUGGUACAACAAGACAGCCAGGUAAACGAAGAUAUUGAGCCUCCACUUCAAAAGAAGAUUAAAACUGAUACAUAUAAUGUUCCACUAAGAAGAAGUGAAAGAGGUCAAAUACGAUCCAUUCAUACACAGCCACCGUUUACAGGAGCAAGGAAGAAACAUCCGAUUAUCCAUCCUUUUGAGCCAGUUGAUAAAACAAGAAAAGAAAAGAUGAGAGAAUGGAAAAUGUCAAACAAAAAAACAUAUUGAAGCAGGUUUUGAGAUGCUGAAACUGAGACAGAUAAACAAUCCAGAUUUGUUUCUGAACAAAACUGCCUUAGUUGUUGGAGUGAAGUUUCUUGAAGAAAUAGAUGAGCUUUAUGAUGAGUUUUUAGAUGACAAGAAAAGUUUCCAAUUUGGAACAGGUUUUGAUAAGUACAACAUAGAGAAAAAUAUCAAUUUUCUCUAUUCGGCCAUUGCAGUAGCAGAGAAAUAUUGGCUUGGAGUUGUAGUCAACUUGGAGAAGAGAAGUAUCACAGCAUUCAAUUGUGCAGCAAUGAAGUUCACAGAUGCGAGUUUGGUCCCUUACGUUAAUGCAUAUGCGAUGGCUCUCCCAUUCAUGAUUCGCAACUUCUUCAAAGAUGUCAGCAUGGAUACACGCAAGUUCUCGAUAAAAAUUGUAUCUGAAGGUUUCCCACAGGUAACAUCUUUAUAACUGCUUAUAAAUCUUCAUGUUAGAUUUGUAUCGAGGUUCUUAAGAUCAAAUAACUUAUAUUAUAAUUUAUCUGCUAAUAUAUUACUAAAACAUUUUUGUUUAAGGUUCUUAAAAUAGAAGACAGUGGAGUUUAUGCAUUGAAGCUGAUAGAGUGCCAUGCAAUGCGUAUAGUGGACUUGACAAAGCUGAGUGAAGAAAAAAUUGCAAUCAUCCGAGAAAAGUUGGCGGUUGAUAUCUUCUCGGAAUUACAAUGAAUACUAAUGUGGGAAUGAACAAAAACUUUAUCGCUUGCUUAUUGUUAUGUGUGAACAACUAUCUGUUUUAUGCGUGUUUGGUAAACUUUGUUUGUUCUGAGUAUUAUGAGUAUUAUGAGUUUAUGACUUGGAUUUAUGGCUUUGCUUAAAUUUAGAAAGUUCAAUGGUAAAUUUGUAUUUCAGUAGCUUUAUAACACAUUAUUACAAAUAGUUUAUAACCUCUUAUAAAAUAAAAACAAAAUGGUUUAUUACAAAAGUUAUAUCUUAGUAGCUUUAUAAGACCUUAUUAAAACUGGUUUUUUUACCUCUUGUGAAAUCAAAUGAGUUUAAGAUAUAUAAAGGAGUAUUUAAAAGUUAUAAAGAUUUAUAAAUCGUUUUUUUCAAAAGCUCAUCAGUUCAUAAAACAAAAAAGAAUUCAGGUUUAUAAAGUUGUAUAAACAACCAAAAUAAUUUAUAAAUCUGUAUAAAAUAAUGUAUAAGGGCAUAUAAAUUUAUAUAAGAUAAAAAACAAAACUGGUUUUUUACCUCUUGUAAAAUCAAUCGAGUUUAGGAUAUAUAAAGGCGUAUUUAAAGGUUAUAAAGACUUAUAAAUCUAUAAAAAAGUAAUUUAUAAAGGCUUCUAAAUCAGUUUACAAAUAUUAUAUACAAAAAUAAUGAUAUGUAAACACCAAUACGAGGAUAUAUAAAGGGGAAUUUAAAAGUUAUAAAGACUUAUAAAUCUAUAAAAAAAUAAUUUAUAAAGGCUUCUAAAUCAGUUUACAAAUAU